UAACGCCGUCCCACAGCAAGCGCCGCGUACGACUGCACGAGCGCCGCGACGAUCAGAAGCGCCGCGGUCGGACGAGCUGACAGGAGAUGUCAAGAAUCGGCGAACCUAACCAGCACCGUCAUCAUCGUCGGCAGAUUGUGAAGAGGAAGGAAAAGUUCACGUUUAUUGGGCAGGAAUUUGGAGAAUUUUCUGCAAUUUCUUUAUUAAACUAAGUUAGCUAUUUUUUAUUUUUCCGCAUUUAUUGCCUCAAUUUGUAGUAAGUAACACCAUAAAGAAUGAAAUUUCCUUAACUUAAUUGCCGAACACUUACAGCUUAAAUCUACUCUGAACGCACAGAAGAAGUAGGAAUGGUUAGCACAAACCGUAAUUUGAAGGUUAAUUAAGCGUGAGUAGGAAUUUGCGCAAGAUAUAUGUACCAAACUCAUUUUUUGUACGAUUUGCAGUAAACCAUCCUGCACUGUGAGUUCAAAACUCGAUUGUUGGUUAUAGUUAGGAGUUCGGACCAAAUUUCUUUUAGCGCAUUCUCAUCCAACCCCCGGAUUUGUCGCUCAAAAGACCCGAAUUACUCCCACGCCAACAAAAUCUAAAAGAAAUUUGUCGAUAUGGCCCAUGUAACGACCGCAGAGUGGGGAUUUCACUGCCAGGCCUGCUUCUGGCCGGACACCACGGACAUGGUGAACUGUGCCCACUGCCUAACCUGGUGGCACACUUGCUGCGCUGGCGUCGACGAGACAGUUCCUGUCGAGGAGCGCUCAUUCACCUGUCCUCGCUGCCAAAACCCUUCGUUUACCGUUCCCAAAGGGAAGAAGCCGUCCUCUAAGGCCAGCUCUGGAACGUCAUCCACCUCCGACGCACGGGCGCGGAGGGCUCGCCUACGUCUGGAGAAACUCGAGGCCCAAAGGCUCCUCAUGGAAAAGCAUCUGGAGCAGGCACGUCGAGAGCAGCAGAUUCGGCAUGAGCAGGAGAAGUUGCAGCAGGAGGCGGAAAUCGAUCGCGCCAAGCUGGAGAUCGAACAAACCAUCCUAGAGGAAACCUUCCGGGCACGGGAGGAAGAGCUGGACGAUGAGGUCGCGGAUGAUCGUAGCGUCGGGUCGGAGCAAAGCAGCAAAAGCAAAGUGGAACAGUGGCAAAAGCAGCAACAGUUUGCUGCUCGAACGUCAACGCUGACCGAGCAAGGAGCAAACAAUAACACUACUGGUCAAUACGACGAAUCAGCCGGACAAGACGUCCUGGGACGGGCUCUCCAAGGCAUUUCGCUGGAUCAGUCAACACUCGAAGUGGGAUUGGGUGGAAUGAUCGACAGAACGUCGAGCACUUUGGGAACCAUUUACGAGGUAGACCCGUAUGAUAACCCCGGGUACACCAACUGGCAACAAGCCGGCCCAAGCCACGGUAGCGCUUUGGCAGGUUCUGCUCACCUGACUCACUCAACGCCCUUUCCGUUUUCCAAUUCCCUGUUGUACCAAAAGACCCUGACGGUCCGUCAAAGUCAAUCUGGAAUGGUCUACGGGAGUGUCAGCAGCUACCAAGUAAACAACGCGAGUGGUUUAAAGGCAAAUGGGAACAAUGGAACGACGACAGGAUCGCCAGGAGUGAACCCGACGCCCAGGCCGGAAUCGCUGCCUCCGUAUCCACCGCCGCCUGUUCCCCCGGCACCAAGGCCGCAGCCGCCAGGACCAACGCCACGCCCACCUGGGCCGUUCCCGCGUCCGCAAGGCCCAUUCCCGCGUCCGCAAGGCCCGUUCCCGCGUCCGCAAGGUCCGUUUCCGCCGGGUUUCCAACCACGACCGCCGUUCCCGUUUCCACGUCCGCCAGUGCCAAGGAUUCGCCCUCCUGGGCCAACACCAGCACCCGAACCAGCACCGGUGCCGCCAAACCCACAGAGGGAUCCGGAGCCAGUGCCGCCAAAUCCGCAGAGGAAUCCGGAGCCCGCGCCGCCAGACAACGCGCCAGAAUACCAACCUGAACAGGAGCAACAACCAAUUCCGCCAGUAUUGGGGCCUACGCCGCAACAGCUGGCCGCAAGGCAUGUAAUGCCGAGAGGGUUGCCCAAGUUCAGCGGUAAUCCCGAGGAUUGGCCACUUUUCGUCAGCUGCUACAACAACUCAACCCAGACUUGCGGCUACUCCGAUGCAGAGAACUUAGCGCGGCUGCAGGACUGUCUAGAAGGACAUGCGCGGGAGAUGGUGGUAGGCCGCCUUCGACUUCCGGCAUCCGUUCCACAUGUCCUCGCCACACUCGAGACUCUGUACGGCCGCCCGGAACUAUUGAUCCAGACGCUGUUGCAGAAACUUCGGUCGACUCCUGGACCGAAACCGAACCGACUAGAAACUCUUAUCGCGUUCGGAAUGGUGGUGCAGAGCUUGAGCGAUCACUUGGAGGAUACGGGACAGGAUGCUCAUCUGAACAAUCCCACGCUGCUGUUCGAGAUGGUGGAAAAGUUGCCGGACAACAUGAAGCUGGACUGGUCACUUUACAAAAACCGCUUUGCGGUAGUAAACGUGCUCACUUUCGCGCAAUACAUGAACACCCUGGUCCGGGCCGCGACGGAUGUCACGCCGUACAAUGUACCGAAACCGUCGGAACACCGCGAUAGGCAGGAGAAAGGCGGUAAGGAGAAACACUUCUGCGGAGCACAUGCCGCGGAAAAGUGUUCCUCGCCGAAAACUCCAGCGAAGAAAGUCGAGGUCAAGCAAAACAACUCCGGGGGCCCAGCCUGCCUAGUCUGCAAAGACCCGAAGCAUCGGGUUAAGGAUUGUCCGGAGUUCGCCAAGAAGAGUGUCGACGAUCGCUGGAAAGUCAUCGAACAGCACGAACUCUGUCGCUGCUGUCUCGGUGCUCACGGCCGGCGGCCCUGCAAGCUGAGCAAGCGAUGUGAGGAAAAUGGAUGCCAGCUGAAACACCACCCUCUUCUGCACUCAAAGCCGGAAAGAAGGGAUGCCAAGCAGAACAAGGAAGGAGAACAGGCUUCCGGGUCCAAGGUGGCCACCAAUCACCACUUCUCAGGAAAGACCACACUGUUCCGAGUCCUGCCGGUGACGCUGCACGCCAACAAUCGCUCCGUUCAAGUGUACGCCUUCUUGGACGACGGGUCCGAGAGUACGCUGAUUGAAGAGGAAGUAGUCAAGCAGCUGGGAGUCGAAGGCGAACAUCUUCCGCUGUGUCUACAGUGGACGGCGAAUAUGAAGAGGACGGAAGCAGAAUCACAGAGGGUCACGUUGCAGAUUUCUGGUGGAAGAAGCGGUGCGAAGCACACGAUUUCCGAUGUACGAACGGUCAGCAAGCUGGAUCUACCGAGGCAGAGCUUACGGUAUUCGACGCUAGUAGAAGCCCACCCGUACCUGAAAGGACUUCCGGUGGACGACUACGACCGGGCUACGCCGUGCAUUUUGAUCGGCAACGACAACGUGCAUGUCACGGCGACUUUACGGAUCCGAGAAGGGAAACCGGGUGAGCCGGUCGCUGCGAAGACUCGUUUGGGCUGGACGAUCUACGGAACAAAUCCGGACCGACCAGAAAAGCUUGUCCGCACCUUCAACAUCUGCGAAUGUCACAGUGAAGACCCUCUACACGAUCUCGUGGCACGUUUCUUUUCCAUCGAGAGCCUGGGAAUCUCUGCGGUGCCGUGUCCGGAGUCAGAAGAAGUGCAGCGCGCGAACCGAAUCCUGCAAGAGACCACAGCUCGAGUUGGACAGCGUUUCGAGACGGGUCUCCUCUGGAAGUUCGACCACUUCGAGUUCCCGGACAGCUACGGGAUGGCCGUACGGAGACUUCAGUGCCUCGAGCGGCGCAUUCGAAGCGACCCGGUGAUCGGCGAGAGCGUGCUGCGUCAAAUGAACGAGUACCAAGAAAAGGGGUACAUCCACAAGGCCACGGAAGACGAGCUUAAGGAAGCUGACCCGCGGCGCGUAUGGUAUCUCCCUCUCGGAGUCGCGCUCAACCCAAAGAAGCCAUCGAAGGUGCGUAUCUUUUGCGACGCCGCUGCCAAGGUCGACGGGAUAUCGUUAAACACCAUGCUCCUGAAGGGUCCGGAUCUUCUAACCACCCUGCCGGCAGUCCUUUUUGGCUUCCGGGAGCGGCAGAUCGCCCUGUGUGCCGAUAUCAAGGAGAUGUUCCACCAGGUGCAGAUCCGGAAGGAAGAUCGCCACGCGCAGCGACUGCUUUGGCGCGAGAACCCCUCGCUGGAACCGGACAUCUUCUUGAUGGAUGUAGCCACAUUUGGUUCGACGUGCUCACCCUGUUCCGCACAGUUCGUCAAGAACCUAAACGCCGCAGAGCACGCCGAGAAGUUCCCAGCCGCCGCCGAAGCCAUCCAGCGUAAACACUAUGUGGACGACUAUCUCGACAGCGCGGACAACGAAGAGGAAGCGGUGAAAUUAGCUCUGGAGGUCAAACACGUCCACUCCUUGGGCGGGUUCCACCUGCGGAACUGGUUGUCCAACUCCGAAGCGGUUCUCGCACGGGUCGGGGAUAACGAUUCGGCCUCGGAGAAGAAUCUGCAGCUGGACAAGGGAAGCACGACGGAGCGCGUGCUCGGCCUUUAUUGGAAGCAACAGCAGGAUGUGUUUACGUUCUCCUCCGCUCUGGACACGCACGGUGGGCACCCGACGAAGCGACAAUCGUUGAGUACGGUUAUGAGCACGUUCGAUCCGCUGGGAUUCUUGGCUCACUUCACCGUGCGCGGUAAGAUCUUGAUCCAAGCCCUGUGGAGAGCGAAAACGCAAUGGGACCAACGGAUUCCAGACAAGAUGUGCGUGCGUUGGACGCAGUGGACCGACCAGUUUAAGUUUCUGGAACAGAUCCGGAUUCCGCGCUGCUACUUUCCACGGCGCUCGGUCAAGGACAUCAAGACGCUGCAGCUGCACAUUUUCGUGGACGCAAGCGAGGAUGCCUUCUCCUGCGUGGCGUACUUCCGAGCGGAGUUCGAGGACGGUAUCGAGGUGGCGCUGGUCGGCGGGAAAUCCAAAGUGGCACCCCUCAAGGCCCUCUCCAUACCCAGAUUGGAGUUGAUGGCCGCGGUGAUUGGCGUACGGCUGAUGAACACGAUUAUCUUCGGACAUUCCCUACGGAUCGACAAGACCAUCUUCUGGUGCGACUCCAAGACAGUGCUCGCAUGGAUCAACUCGGAUCAUCGCAACUAUCGCCAGUUCGUGGCAUGCCGGGUCGGUGAAAUCAUGUCCAAGACGAUGCCGCAUCAGUGGCGCUGGAUUCCCUCGAAGGAGAAUGUGGCGGACGACGCCACGAAAUGGGGGAAAAGCUUCUGUCUGUCUCCCGACAGUAGAUGGUUCAAAGGCCCAUGGUUUCUCUAUCACCCAGAAGACCAAUGGCCGGUAGACAUCACGCCAAACCUGCAAGAACCGACCGAGGAGCUGCGAGCCUGCCUAGUGCACCGGGAAGCCGUUGCCACGCACAACGUCGAGUGGGAUCGCUUCUCGCAGUGGGUUCGUCUCUUGCGCACGCUCGCUCGCGUGCAUCGGUUUGCUGGGAACCUGCGACGCAAGCUGAAGAAGGAGCAGCUACUGAGCGGACCAUUGAGACAGGAAGAAUUAGCGGCGGCGGAGAACACGAUCUGGCGCUGGGUGCAAAGCGAUGCGUUUCCGGACGAGGUUGCAACACUCGCCGCAGCACGUGCUGGUCCGGAAAAGCGGUUCCAUCUGGAAUCCACGAGCAAGAUUCGAAAGUUAUCGCCAUUUAUGGAUGACGCCGGCGUGGUGCGCAUGGAGAGCAGAAUUGUUGCGGCCGAUUUCGUGCCGUUCGACACUCGGUACCCCAUCAUCAUGCCAAAGGACCACACGGCGACGAAGUUGCUUGUCGACUGGUACCACCGGAAGUAUCUGCACGGAAACUGCGAAACGGUGGUAAACGAGCUGAGACAACGAUUUCACGUGCCGAAUUUGCGGACGGCUGCCCGCAAAGCGAAGAACGACUGCCUGCUGUGCCAGUUGAAAGCGAAGGUUCCGGUCGUCCCGCGGAUGGCUCCACUACCUGCUGCCAGGCUGAAGGCGUUCGAGCGCCCUUUUUCGUACGUGGGCGUCGAUUACUUCGGACCAGUUGCGGUGCGGGUGAACCGCACCACCGCUAAGAGAUGGGUGGCGCUGUUCACAUGUCUGACAACGCGCGCCGUGCACCUGGAGGUCGUCCACUCGCUCUCCGCCGAGUCGUGCAAGAUGUCCUUUCGACGGUUGAUCGCCAGAAGAGGCGCUCCUGUGGAGAUCUACAGCGAUCGUGGCACGAACUUCGUCGGAUCCAGCAACGAGUUGCAGAAGGAGAUGAAAGUCAUCGAGGAGAAGCUCGCCGAAACCUUCACCAACGCGACCACGAAGUGGGUUUUCAACCCGCCGGCCUCCCCUCACAUGGGAGGUGCGUGGGAGAGACUCGUGCGUUCUGUGAAAACGGCGCUGGCAGCAAUGAACACGACGAGGCUGCCCAACGAAGAAACGCUGGCAACGCUGGUGGCCGAAGCUGAGAGCAUCGUGAAUUCGCGGCCGCUGACGUGGAUCCCGUUGGAAGCUGAACAUCAGGAAGCGCUAACACCAAACCAUUUCCUGCUACUGAGCACGAGCGGUGUGGUGCAGACGCAGAAAACGUUGGCCGACUCCAAGGACGCUUGCCGUAAUCAAUGGAACCUGAUGCGGGUGAUGAUCGACCAGUUUUGGCGCAGAUGGGUUCGGGAGUACCUGCCGGACCUGACGCGGCGAACCAAAUGGCACGAGGAAGUGGUUCCAAUCCGAGCUGGUGAUUUAGUGAUUAUCGUGGAAGACACCGUGCGGAAUGGUUGGAUACGGGGACGUGUGGCGGAAGUGGUCGUGGGCCGCGACGGUCGAGUUCGUCAGGCUGUAGUACAGACUUCAACGGGACUGCUGCGACGGCCGAUCGCGAAGCUGGCGAGAUUAGAUGUGGAGAAGUGUGAGGCAGAUCCGGUGAUCCCGGAAGUACCUCACGGGUCGGGGAAUGUUGCGGACGGUAACGCCGUCCCACAGCAAGCGCCGCGUACGACUGCACGAGCGCCGCGACGAUCAGAAGCGCCGCGGUCGGACGAGCUGACAGGAGAUGUCAAGAAUCGGCGAACCUAACCAGCACCGUCAUCAUCGUCGGCAGAUUGUGAAGAGGAAGGAAAAGUUCACGUUUAUUGGGCAGGAAUUUGGAGAAUUUUCUGCAAUUUCUUUAUUAAACUAAGUUAGCUAUUUUUUAUUUUUCCGCAUUUAUUGCCUCAAUUUGUAGUAAGUAACACCAUAAAGAAUGAAAUUUCCUUAACUUAAUUGCCGAACACUUACAGCUUAAAUCUACUCUGAACGCACAGAAGAAGUAGGAAUGGUUAGCACAAACCGUAAUUUGAAGGUUAAUUAAGCGUGAGUAGGAAUUUGCGCAAGAUAUAUGUACCAAACUCAUUUUUUGUACGAUUUGCAGUAAACCAUCCUGCACUGUGAGUUCAAAACUCGAUUGUUGGUUAUAGUUAGGAGUUCGGACCAAAUUUGUAAGUUCGCAUACUUGAAAGCUCUACUUCUCCUACUAAUAAAAAUGAUUAGCUUUUAGCGCAUUCUCAUCCAACCCCCGGAUUUGUCGCUCAAAAGACCCGAAUUACU